UAUACGUAUAUAUAAAAAGCCAAGACUCUUGUGUUUCAUUCCUGAGUCCCGGUCUACAAGUACCAUUCCGGAGGAGGCAGGAGAAGUCACACCACAAUCUACUAUGCGAUUUAUAUUACAGAUGCACCUCAUGAUGUACAUAAAUUCCCUGCACGUGGAGUACUUGGAUAAGACGGGAGUGGUGGCUUCCCUCCAUGGCACCGUCACCCUCCCGUGUUGGUUUCCCUUUAUACAUGGACGGGAAGGUCUGUCAGUGGUCUGGGAGAAGAUUGAUCAGGAUCGGAGAGGAUUGAUCACACACAGGUUUAUAAAUGAUCAGAAUAAUUUCACAGAACAGGAUAUACUUUACACGGGACGCACAGAAUUGUCCAAAGAAUUCUCCCAAGGAAAGGUGGACCUGACGCUGCGAGAGGUCACCUUCCCUGAUGAAGGGACAUAUUACUGCAGAGCAGCCAACAGAAGAGACCAUGGGGACAAAAUAGUAGAAUUAACCAUAGACAAAUUAAAUGCAGAGGAUCCUAAAGUUACUGCCAUUCACAUUGAUGGGAAGAAGCGUCUGAAGUGUAUCAAUAUCGGUGUGUUCAGGAAUCCCUGGAUAAAGUGGUAUGAUGAGGAGAGUACAGAUCUGUCCGACUAUGGAACACGUAACAUAACUCACAUCGGUAAUGGGCGGAGGAUGGUGGAGUCCGUGCUGGACACGGAUGUGGAAAAAAAUAAACCGUACUUCUGUCAGGUGAAAGAGGGGAGACUGAAGAGGACCGCCCGAGCUGUGCUAUCAGAUGGAGAGCCGGUGAUCGUCACUGAAAUAAAACUUCCAGAGUGAGCACUGCAUGUUGCCAUCCACAUAAAAAGAAAAAGAUCUUCUCCAUCAUCCUGAUGAACUAUUCUCCUCUCCUGUGUGCAACGAGCUCUGAUGUGUCAUGGAAGCCAGCUCAAGUCUUGCCCUUCCUUCAGCCAAAUGAGCUUUGCUGGAAACUACCUCAUUAGCAGCAUUUACACUACACUAUGAGCUAGAUUCAGAGAGACUUACGCCGAUGUAUCAGUAGAUAUGCCGUCGUAAGUCCAAAUGUGCG